GGCCCCAACUGGGGAGCCAAGAAACCAGGCUCAGACUCACACUGUACCUGCUCAGGAGUGGAGGAACAGAGACUCUCGGCCCUACCAGAGGUGGAGCGCAGCAUCACCCAAGAGGCAGAGGUGCACCAUAUGCAGGCCGCGUCCCCUCUGCACCACAUCACGCAGAGCCUCGGUCCUGAUUGGACUGACUCGCUAGCACCACAUCACGCAGAGCCUCGGUCCUGAUUGGACUGACUCGCUAGCACAACACAGUUUCCUCGAGCACCACCUUUCCAGCUGGAAAAGGUCAACGGCCAACAAAUGGGUGUUACGCACUCUAACACAAGGUUACGCACUACAAUUAUGUCAGCGACCCCCACGCUUCAGUGGUGUCUUGAAAGCAAUGGCUUGCAACCCUGCUCAAAAGCAAACGUUCUGCUCAGAAGUCUCCUUGCUCCUGGAAAAGCAUGCAAUUGAAGAGAUGGAACCAGUGCAACAAAACUGCGGGUUCAACUCAAUCUAUUUUCUGGUGCCGCAAAAGGGCGGAAGCCUCCGUCCGAUCCUGGACCUAAGGUGCCUGAAUCAUCAUCUGUCAGCAUUUUGAAGGGAAGUGCUGAAAAUCAAAACCAUCCUUUAGUCAGUACAACCAGGAGAUUGGUUCACCACAGUGGACCUGAAAGACGCAUACUUCCAUAUCCCCAUUCUGCCAGCACACAGAAAAUACCUGAGAUUUGCCAUCGAAAAACAUGUUUUUCAGUUUUGCGUUCGCUCACCCCUCACACUUUCAUGAAGUGCAUAAGCGCUAGCCCCCCUUUGCCAAGAGGGAGUAGAGGGGGCCUGAACUACUUAAACGAUUGGCUAAUAUGUGCAGAGUCACAAAGCCAAGCUUUUGCAAAUCACCUCUCCGAGUUGGGACUAACAAUGAACUUGGAAAAUAGUUCUCUGGUCCCCACUCAUUGUGUGCACUUCCUGGGCUUGACACUGUUACAUUGAAAUCAUGCGAGCAACACUCUUUCCAGAAAAAGUGGUAUCUCUGACAUUGUCUUUCAACAUUCAAACUGAGAAAACCGGUGACAAUGAUAGAGAGUCAGAGGCUGCAGUCCAAGUUGUACCAUUGGGCUUGCUCCACAUGCGGCCAAUACAUUGCUUUUGUGUUUGCCAGAAGGGGCAAUUUCAAUGAGUUGCUGGAGAGCAAUACAAUGGUGGCGCCUAGCACUUCAAACUUCCAGUGGAGUUGGGGUGCUGCAAUUUUAAUGGCAGAAAAACCUUUUUUGCAUGCGCUAAAGACGGCUUUAUCGGUCCGCUAAUACAGGACUAGUAAAGUUUUUUGAAAUACAUAUUUAAAAAUAAUAAUAAUUGUAAUUCAGAUGGUGCUGCAGCACUCUCAGCACCCCUAGUUCCCACAGCUAUGCCAUGGACAACAGCUCACAUCAACUUACUGGAGCUCAAGGCGGUUCACCUUGUACUCCGGCACUUCCUCCCAGUACUGAGAGGACAACAUUUACAUUUUAGUCAUUUAGCAGACGCUCUUAUCCAGAGCGACUUACAGUUAGUGAGUGCAUACUGGCCCCCUGUGGGAAACGAACCCACAACCCUGGCGUUGCAAGCGCCAUGCUCUACCAACUGAGCUACAGGGGACUACACAUAUGGACAGACAACACAACUGUGGUUGCACACAUCAACCGCCAGGGCAGAUUGAGGUCAAUGGCACUGCACCAGGUAGCAAGGGAGCUACUGCUUUGGGCAAAUCAACACCUUACAUCCCUCAGAGCAAUACACCUGACCAUGCAGAAUCGCCAUCUUCCUGCCCAAUUUCUGUCAUUUGGAUUUUCCUCUAGGAGCUUAUGGCUGCAGGGAACUCCCCAUUUACACUGAACAAAAAAAUAAAUGCAACGUGGAAAGUGUUGGUCCCAUGUUUCAUGAGCUGAAAUAAAACAAUCCCAGAAAUGCACAAAAAACGUAUUUGAUUGGCUGGGUCUGGCUCCCCAGUGGGUGGGCCUGGCUGCCAAGUGGGUGGGCCUAUGCCCACCCAUGGCUGCACCCCUUCCCAGUCAUGUGAAAUCCAUAGAUUAGGGCCUAAUGAAUUUAUUUCAAUUGACUGAUUUCCUUAUAUGAACUGUAACUCAGUAAAAUCUUUUAAAUUGUUGCAUGUUGCCUUAAUAUUUUUGUUCAUUAUACAUUGAAAGUGUAUAUGGCAGUCAUGUUUAUGGGCCAUGACCAGAUUGCGGGUGCAAUUCAUGAAAGGUGCCCGCAGGCUACGUCCCCCCGAGGCUCCUUCAGUACCCUCAUGGGAGUUGGCUGUUGUAAUACGAUCACUUAUGAGGCCACCAUUUGAGCCCCUGUCUUCACUUGAGCUAUGUGAGCUCUCAGUCAAGACUGCCUUUCUAUUGGCUAUUGUUUCAGCCAAGCAUGUUGGAGAAUUACAUGCGCUUUCUACCCAUCCUUCAUGCCUCACUUUAGCAGAAGAUGGAUCUAAGGCAGUGCUUUGGUUAAAUUCAGCAUUCUCACCUACGGUCCUUUCAUCAUCACAUGCUAACCAGCCCUUAAUCAUAGCAGCAUUUCACCCGCAUCCCCACUCCUCACAGGAGAGUUGUGAGUUGCAUACACUUUGCCCGGUUAGGGCAUUGAGUGCCUAUCUUGCUGCAACAAGAACUGUUCGUCAAACAGAACAGCUUUUUGUGUGUUAUGGGCAGAACACCAAAGGGUGCGCUGUCUCGAAGCAGAGACUGACAUAUUGAAUUACCAAUGCAGUGUCAAAAUCACACCCUGCAGCAGGUAGGCAUGGUAGGACACUCCACCAUGGGUAUGGCCACUUCAUUGGCCCUGUUCAGAGGGGCCUCCCUGGACUGUUAUAUGGGCUGCUGCCCAGGCAACACCCAUAACUUUCAUGAGGUCCUACAGACUCAAUGCUAUGUCCACACCAUCAGUGGGGUCUGUGGUUCUGGACACGGCACGCUCUCUCAGCCCAGAUAAGUGAGCGUACCGUGAACCUUGUACAUACUUACUUAUCAACCAUCAGUGAGAUGGAUGUCCUACACAGAGGCCUUCCACUAUUGGUGCUGUUGCACUCAAUUGAAGCCUCAUAUUGUAAGUUAUAGCUUUCAGCUUGCUUGUGUAUACGGUUGUAUACCACAGUUGAAAUUCUGUGUUACAUUCUGUUGCAUCCUGUUGGGUUAUGAAUUUAACAUUGGUUCUCUGAGUAGAGUAACGGGUCGCCAAGCUUUCAUGUCGUUCCUCCACUUCCGUAGGGUUCGAGUGAAGUAAUAGACAGUAUGUCACACCACACCGCAUUUUAUAGUGACAGGUCACAUGGGUACAGUAAGGGCGUGGCGUGACUGUAAACAUCUUUGAUAUUAAGCACAGUGGCGAUUUUAGCAUAUAAAUCUUGGUGGGGCAAACUCCCCAAAAAUGUUUUAGAUGCAUGCCAGCAAAGCCACUACCCAACACAACACAACACUAAACAAUACAUUAAUUGCAUUAUAACGGUGACAAACGGUGCCCACAAACUGUUAGGGCCUACAGAAAUCUGUCCCAACAGCAGAGCUUUGUUUUCAGCAGCAUGGAGUGAAUCCUUACCACUGCUACACCUGGCUAUCAGCGGAGCCUUGUCUGGCAGCGAAACAGUUCAUUCAGCCUCAUUUACUUCCUUUUGAAACAACAUAGCUGAUAUAGGUGACUUGCUUAAACAAAUGUGAUUUCUACUGGCAAUUGAGAUGUACAAACUAUGGCAUAAGGGGACAAUGAGUGGAUAAGAGGCAAUCCGUAAUUUCAAUUAAAACAUUAAUAAGCGAGCUAGGACGGACCUAGUCAAUAUAACUAUUUGUUCAGCAGUUUUGAAAUGUACAGUGACAGAAUUCAGAACAUGCCUUUCUGAAGGCACUGAAUAUAAUUUUGGCAAUUUAUUUUCAUUUACUUCCCUAUUGGACCCACCGCUAUGCCAGUUCUUUUGGACCCACCACUAUGCCAGUUCUAUUGGACCCACCGCUAUGCCAGUUCUAUUGGACCCACCGCUAUGCCAGUUCUAUUGGACCCACCGCUAUGCCAGUUCUAUUGGACCCACCGCUAUGCCAGUUCUAUUGGACCCACCGCUAUGCCAGUUCUAUUGGACCCACCGCUAUGCCAGUUCUAUUGGACCCACCGAUAGGCAAGUUAUAUUGGACCCACCGCUAUGCAAGUUCUAUUGGACUCACCGCUAUGCCAGUUCUAUUGGACCCACCGCUAUGCCAGUUCUAUUGGACCCACCGCUAUGCCAGUUCUAUCGGACCCACCGCUAUGCCAGUUCUAUUGGACCCACCGCUAUGCCAGUUCUAUCGGACCCACCGCUAUGCAAGUUCUAUUGGACUCACCGCUAUGCCAGUUCUAUUGGACCCACCGCUAUGCCAGUUCUAUCGGACCCACCGCUAUGCAAGUUCUAUUGGACCCACCGCUAUGCCAGUUCUAUUGGACCCACCGCUAUGCCAGUUCUAUCGGACCCACCGCUAUGCCAGUUCUAUUGGUGUCAUUCUGUUUUACUUUUGAGAUGAAGCCUAAUUAUUUUUAGUUUUAGUUUGUGUCAAGAACUGCAACGCUGCUGGGCUUUUCACACCCGACAGUUUCCCAUGUGUAUCAAGAAUGGUCCACCACCCAAAGGACAUCCAGCCAACUUGACACAACUGUGGGGAGCAUUGGAGUCAACAUGGGCCAGCAUCACUGUGGAAUGCUUUCCACACCUUGUAAAGUCCAUGCCCCGACGAAUUGAGACUGUUCUGUAUAAUAUUAACAUAAUCACGUUUAUUUUUUUGAAUGUAUUAUAAGAUUUACCAUAUGAUAUGAUAGUGUAUGAUGUGUUUAACUAUUUCAAAUAGCUGAGAUGUGUUAUUACAGCUUGUGACAUAUUUAGUGACAGGUAUCUAGGCCACACACCUGGAUCUGGCUUAUGGCUGCUAAACAGUGCGCAAAGUUGUGCCAGUUGGACCGGUUUUCAUGAAGCUUAUCCAUGUCACUAACAAGGGCUCAUUGAGGAGUUGUGUCUAACAGUAACAGUGAGCCGCUAUGUACUAUGGGAGUCACUGAGCCCAUGGGCCAAAUGAAUGAUGCUCAUUCUGGGCAGACCUGGGAGAGGCCCAGCCAGGCCUGUGUGUGAGGGGUUGCAGCCAGCGAGCAGUGGGCCUGACUGCCAAUGUAUGAAUGAAUAGACCUUUUUGUUUUCCCCUGUCCCUCUGCAGCCCCCAACAACCUGGUCCGCCUGCACACAGUAUGCGAAGCCACAGAGGUGCACUUAGGGAGGCUGGACAGAGAAUUACUAGAAAAGGCUGGAGCGACAUUAGUGUACCUUGUUAUAUCCAGAUGAUCUGAAAGACAUUCUAUCCAAUGAAAGCUUCCCUGGGUUGGGGUUAUCUAUAUCAUUCUAGUCUCUGUGCCUGGUGGUCAGUAGUCGGAACUCUUUUACAUCUAACAAGGACCUGAUGAGCUGUAAACUCUUUACAAUCCUUCCCAUUGCAUUCAGAGUAAUAGACAGCUGUACAGGGGAGUCCAGAGUAGUGCAGCUAUUGGGGCAGGGCAGCUCACUGUAGCAUGGCUUCUUUCAGGUAUUUCACAUAAGCUUAUAGAGGGAUCAUAUGGCAUUGAUCACGUGUCACUCACUACUUGCGUUCUCCCACCACCUUCUAAUUUAUGCAUAAGGCCCUUUCCAAAGGAACAAUGAAUUGUUGUUCUCUAGUUUCUCUUAUCAAAACUAAACAAAGACAGACAUAUUGUUCUUCUUGGAAUUUAAACAUAUGGGAAGGUAUACUUGUCUUGGGAAUGACUUAAUGCAGUCCUUAUCAAGCUGUAACACUACAUGUUACAGCACAGUUAUGUGUUUCCCAGCUGACUCAAAUAUUGUGUGUUCAGUUGCAAACCCCUAAGGCAGUAUUUAUUUCUCUUGUACUAAUAGCUCAAUUAUAAAUGUGCAGAUGUGUUAUCAUGCGGUCUCUCUGUGGUUUCAGGAUUUUCAGAGGGUCACUAACGUGGGGUACCAGGCUUACCAUGUGAGCAGGUCCAAGCGAAGCCAGUGGUGGGCACCAGAGAAGGCUUCAGAGGCUGCACUGUCUGGCUCACAGGUAAGCAAAGAAAACCCUCUCUCUCCAAUACUACACUACAUAGUUUCAUAUAAGCCUCGUUGGAUAAUGGAUGUAUUGUAAAUAUUGACUAUGUCACUGUGUACAAAGGGUUUGUCAGGUGCUGGAAAGAAAACCGUCGGCUUUGCCCUGGAGGAGUACUUGGUUUUCCCUGCUACUCCUUGGACGGGGAUAACAUCCGACAGAAACUGAACAGUAACCUGGGCUUCACCUCUGUGGACAGGGAGGAGAGCAUCAGGCGCAUCGCUGAGGUGGCCAAGCUGUUUGCAGAUGCAGGAUUGGUCUGCAUCACCAGCUUAAUUUCCCCAUUCACUAAGGUGAGUGAGUGACACAGUUAAACAGACACUGUUCAAUUCGCAAUUGAGAUACUCAAUUGGAAACUUAUCAAAGGGCCAUCUCUAAAUCAUCCAUUGUGAUAGAUCUGAGCUCUGGCUUGUAUAGCUGCUAUACUGUGUGUCUGCAUUCACUUCUGUUGGUAUAUGGUCUUGAAAACCAGUUUUUGUUAUGGAAGCAAAAUUAAGAUACCAAACAUGUUGAUUUUUGCUACCCAGUCUCUUCCUCCGAAAGGACCGAAAUGAAGCCAGGAAGAUCCAUGAGCGCUCUGGGCUGUCGUUCUUCGAGGUGUUCAUUGACGCUCCUCUGGAGGUGUUUGAGAGCAGGGAUGUUAAAGGCAUCUAA